CCUUGACACAAUAAAAACAAGUUUCCUAUUUCUUUAUUGUUAUUUUUCUUUUUCCUUUUUGUAAUUACCCUCUUUUACACAAACAAAAACAUGUCAGAUUAUGAAUACUUGACUACAGAAGAUACUCAACAAUUACUAGAGAGACUGAAUGAUUGGAGAAAAGGAAUAUGCCCAAAUGGACUGUUGGCUACUGAACGAUGCUUUGUUUUGAAGAAAAUGCCAAAAAUUAGAAAGAUAAUAAACAAUCUAGAUGAUGUAACAACUGAAAUCGUAUCUGAAUCCAUCUGGAUAGAUCAUCUUAUCAAAUCUAGUGCUAUCACCACAAUGAACGAUGACAGUCUCAUCCAAUCUUUAUCCCAACUUUACGUCUUGUUUCAUUCAGCAAACACGCUCAAAACACAGACAAUACUCCAUUCUAUUCAACUAGACAAAUAUGCUGUGUUUAAUGUGGAUGAUAUUCUAAGACCUACUGAAUCGCUUGAGACUGCAAUUCGAGGCAUAUUUCAUCAAUCAGAUACAAGCAUAAGAUGGGCCUUAUUAUUAUCCUUAUGGGAUAAGUUUGGUUAUUUUUGGCCAAGAAAGAUUAUACUAGGUUACAAAAAUCAUCUUUGCCAAUCAUUUAGAAACACAAACGACUUUUAUCACGUAUUGAAUUCACUCAAGGAUCAGCAACUAAAGGCAGCCAAAGUACACCGAGCGUUAUCAUUAGAUGAUUGCACAAUAAUUGCCAGAUUAGAUCUGACACCUCUGCAUGAUUUUUUCCCUGAACCUUACAAAUCAAUGAUCAAUGAGAUGAUCCAAUCCAAAUAUAUCCAAAUUAGCGUAAGUCAGUCUAUCAAGCUAUACAACAUCGCAACCAAUAGCUAUCUAUGUUGGGAUUAUACACCAUCGAAACAUAGCGAUCCGUAUCUGGUGCGCGCCAUACCUGCAGACCAUCUAAAGGAUGUCAACCAAAAACACUACCUCUGGAAACUAUCUUAUACACCCACAUCUGUCGCUUCUAUUCCCUUACGUGGAUCAACUAAAGUAUACAUUCAACCGGCUCAUCAGCUGCCUCAACAGGUUACUCUUUCCUGCAAGCCCGCUGAAUAUGAUGCAAUGACCCCUCAGCAAUUACAUUUUUCUCGUAUUAAAGCGCUACGGCUAUUACCUAUGGAUCAUAUUACUUAUCAGUAUGAACAGUUAACAUGGUUAUUAGACUACCCAAACAACCAUUUGAAAUACAUCACUGACUAUCAACUUAAUGUCAAGCUAAACAUCAAUGAGCAUAUCAAGAGAGUAAAACCAUUGCUCGAAGGAGAUACCAUUCAGCUACAGCAAAUUGGUCUAUUGACUGCAUUUUAUCCUAUAGAAAAGCCUGUAGAUUUGGCGAGUGAUAAAGUGCCCAAGCUCAGCACAAAAAAGUCUAGAAACAACGUUUUAUGUAUUGAUGAAGAUAUUAUUAGAGAAAGAUAUGCAAAGAAUACAAUAUGGAAAAUGCAACUUGCAACAGCAUCAUCUUCCACUAUUAAUAUGCAAUUGAGCAACUUGAAAGUGAUUAAGCGUGAAUAUCUAAUCCCAGUGCAGAUAAUAUAGGCUCUCGUACCUCGUUCUAUACUGAUUCACAAUCAAUAAGGACACCAACAAGAGGAGGAUUACUUAGGAGAACUCAGUCCUUUAGCUCGUUCGAUUCUGUAUCAAGUUCUCUCAGGACAUCUAGCCAUUACACAGACAAAGCUCCUUAUUUCGAAAACUUGGUUACAUCCAAACUUACGACCAAACUGGUGUCUCAGUUUAUGAGAAAGGUAACGUUAGAGCCCAUUGCUCAGCUAGUCAAACCACAUCGUGCAAAGGAUAAACGCGUAU